GCGAAAGCCAGAACAGAACAAGAGCAUCUCUAAAAAUCUCUAUAAAUAAGGGCAUAGAGACUCCAUUGUCGAGCAAAGCAAGGUUUGAGAGAGAGAGAGAGAGAGAGAGAAGGUGGAAAGGGCGAUAGAGUGAGUGUGUAUCCAUCUUCGUGUGUGGUUCGCACGUGCACCGUACAAUCCAGAAAACCAUUCUCUCACUAUCAGAGACUGGAGCCAGAGAAGAAAAAGGUAAUUUAUGGAGGACGGCGCAGGAAGAGGUUUGGAAUGCCAGAAGACUAUGGAUGGGAAGGCGAGUAGCAGGAAUGGUUUAGAGAAGGAGAUUCCUUCCUGUUGUUUGAAGGCUAAGGCUUCAGCCCCUGAGUUGGACGCAAAGUGCCAUUCCACUGUUGUUUCUGGGUGGUUCUCAACAUCUCAAACUUGCUCUGGGAAAUCUGGGAAAGAUGUUUAUUUCAACAAUCCAAUGUGGCCAGGAGAAGCCCAUUCAGUCAAAGUAGAAAAGAUCUUAUACAAGGAAAAGUCAGAGUACCAAGAGGUUUUGGUGUUUGAGUCAUCCACAUAUGGGAAAGUGCUUGUACUUGAUGGGAUUGUUCAGUUGACUGAGAAGGAUGAAUGUGCUUACCAGGAGAUGAUAGCUCAUCUUCCCCUUUGUUCAAUUCAGUCCCCCAAAACUGUUCUAGUUGUUGGUGGUGGAGAUGGUGGGGUUCUAAGGGAAGUAUCCCGCCACAGCUCUGUGGAGCAUAUUGAUAUUUGUGAGAUAGAUAAGAUGGUUAUUGAUGUUUCUAGGAAGUUUUUUCCAGAGUUAACUGUUGGGUUUGAAGAUCAUAGAGUACACCUGCAUGUUGGUGAUGCUAUUGAAUUUCUUAGGCGUGCUCCUGAAGGGAGGUAUGAUGCCAUAAUUGUUGAUUCCUCAGAUCCUGUGGGUCCUGCUCAGGAACUUGUAGAGAAGCCAUUUUUUGAGACAAUAGCAAAGGCAUUAAGGCCUGGCGGAGUGCUUUGUAAUAUGGCAGAAAGUAUGUGGCUUCAUACACACCUUAUUCAAGAUAUGAUCUCGAUUUGUCAAGAAACAUUCAAAGGUUCUGUUCAUUAUGCAUGGACAAGUGUUCCAACAUAUCCAAGUGGUGUGAUAGGCUUUCUUCUAUGCUCAACGGAGGGGCCACCUGUUGAUUUUGUAAACCCUAUCAACCCCAUUGAAAAGUUGGAAGGUGCUGAUAAGCACAGAAGAGAACUUCGGUUCUAUAACUCGGAGAUGCACUCAGCUGCUUUUGCGUUGCCUGCAUUUCUGAAGAGGGAGGUGAGCUCUCUACGUGAUUACUCCCGUCCGUAACAACGCAUAUUUGAGUGUUGUAGCCCCUAAACGUAGUCAUUCGGUGAAAUAUAUUAGUGUGGGAUGAAUGGGGACCUGUAUGAUUAUUUAUGUUAAAUAAUUCUAUAUCUAUAUGUGGAGUCUGAUUAGCUAUGUUGAACUCGGUGUGAUUUUGUAUGGGUUUAUGUCUUUUAUUUAUUUUGAAAUGCAAUGUUUUUAGCCUUUUUCUCCAUAUACUUUUACGCUUGUAAUCAUGCAUUACAAAUUAUUGAAU